GUAUAGCUAUGACGGUGGCAAAAAGGGAACGAAGACAUUCGGGUGUCGGUGGGCUUCUGAUAAAAACAACUGAAAGCUCAACCUUCUCUCAGUCUUCUUACUUCAUUCAUACAAUAUAAUUCAUGUCUUCUACAGUUCCAUUACUUAAUUCAAUUAUUUCACUUCCUUUUAAUUCUAUUUUUAAUUUAUGAGAAGCCAUUAAAAUACAUUGAGUCUUACUCUUUCUCUCUCUCUUUCCUCCAUUAUCACCCUCAACUUUUUCCUCUCCUUCACCGCUUUUCUCUCUACUAAUUUACUCUUUUUGCUUCCCUUCUUCAUCACGCAAUCACAUUAUUUGUUUCAUGCUUUUCCGCAUUUCUUACUGAUUUUCUCACUCUCUCCAGGAAGGUGUGAUCUGGAGAGAGCAAGCUAAGUUUAACAUUUGAUUAUUUGUAUUUAUAUAAAGGCUUGCAAAGCUGGCGGCUGCAACUGCUUGGAGGUUUGCUGCCAGUAAUGGCAAUGGCAACGGCCAUGCCCCUAAUGAUUUGGAAAGAAAUAUGGAUCGAAAAUUCCAAGACUCAGAACCUCCUUCUCCACGAUCUGUUGCUAAACUGGGGUUGAGAGACCGUACAAGUAGCAUGGAGGAUUCUGAUGGGACACUAGCAAGUGUUGCCCAAUGCAUUGAGCAGUUGAGGCAGAAUUUGUUCUCUUUUCAAGAGAAGGAGUAUACUUUAAGGCAGCUGCUGGAACUUACUGAAACACGUGAAAAUGCUUUGAGUGCGGUAGGGUCUCAUUCGCAGGCAGUUCCGGUGCUUGUUUCUCUUUUAAGAUCAGGGUCACUAGCAGUAAAAAUACAAGCUGGCCGUGUAUUAGGGGCUCUCUGUAAGGAGAAUGAACUGAGGGUGAAGGUUUUGUUAGGUGGUUGCAUACCACCUCUACUUGGUCUUCUUAGGUCCAGCUCCUCUGAUGGUCAGGUUGCUGCUGCAAAGGCUUUAUAUGCUGUUUCCCAAGGUGAUGCAAGGGAUCAUGUAGGCUCCAAAAUUUUCUCCACUGAAGGAGUUGUACCAGUGCUAUGGAGACAGCUAGAGAGAGGGGAAGCUAGGAAAUUGGUAGACGAAUUAUUAACUGGAGCUUUAAAAAAUCUGUGUGGAAGCACAGAAGGAUUUUGGUCAGCAACAGUCCAAGUGGGAGGAGUGGAUAUACUAGUAAAAUUGAUGACUAUUGGGCAGCCUGGUACUCAAGCAAAUGUAUGCUUUCUUCUUGCUUCUAUGAUGAUGGAGGAUGCUACAAUCUGCCCUACUGUCUUGGCUAGUGAGACUGUCAAACAGCUCCUAAAGUUGUUAGGACCUGGUAAUGAAGCAGCUGUUAGAGCAGAAGCUGCUGGUGCUCUUAAAUCUCUUUCUGCUCAGUGCAAAGAGGCACGGAAAGAGAUAGCAAACUAUAAUGGCAUACCAGCUCUCAUAAAUGCCACCAUUGCUCCUUCCAAAGAAUUUAUGCAAGGGGAGCAUGCUCAAGCAUUGCAGGAAAAUGCAAUGUGUGCCUUGGCAAACAUAUCAGGUGGGUUGUCUUCUGUUAUAUCCAGCCUUGGAAGAAGCCUUGAAUCUUGCACUUCACCUACACAGGUUGCUGAUACUUUAGGAGCUCUAGCUUCUGCCCUAAUGAUAUAUGACCAGGAUGCUGAAUCUACAAAGGCCUCUGACCCUAGAACUGUUGAGCAGACUUUGAUUAAGCAGUUCAAACCUAACUUGCCAUUUCUUGUCCAAGAACGCACCAUCGAGGCCCUUGCCAGUUUGUAUGGGAAUUCUGUACUCUCAAAAAAACUUGCAAAUGCUGAUGCUAAGCGCUUGUUGGUUGGUUUGAUCACAAUGGCGACAAAUGAUGCUCAGGAUGAGCUGGUAAAAUCCCUUUUGAAGAUUUGUGAUGAUCAAGAUAGUCUCUGGCAUGCUAUUCAAGGGCGUGAUGGUGUCCAGCUAUUAAUUUCACUUCUUGGAUUGUCGUCAGAGCAGCAACAGGAAUGUGCUGUUGCAUUGCUUUCUCUUCUUUCAAUGGAAAAUGAUGAGAGUAAAUGGGCUAUCACCGCUGCUGGUGGAAUACCCCCACUGGUCCAGAUCUUGGAGACUGGUUCUUCAAAGGCCAAAGAAGACUCUGCUACAAUAUUGGGAAAUUUGUGUAAUCAUAGUGAAGAUAUACGAGCAUGUGUUGAGAGUGCUGAUGCUGUUCCUGCACUCUUGUGGUUAUUGAAGAAUGGGAGCUCAAAUGGAAAGGAGAUUGCUGCCAAAACAUUGCAUCAUCUAAUUGACAAGUCUGAUACUUCUACCAUCAGUCAACUUACUGCACUUUUAACCAGUGACCUCCCUGAAUCUAAAAUUUAUGUUCUGGAUGCUUUGAAAUGCAUGUUGUUAGUGGUCCCACUUAAUGAUAUUCUACGGGAAGGUAGUGCUUCCAAUGAUGCUAUUGAGAUGAUGGUCAAAAUAUUGGGCGCUGCAAAAGAAGAAACUCUGGCAAAGUGUUCUUGUACACUUGCUGAAAUCUUUCAUAACAGAAAAGACUUGCGUGAGAGCAGUAUAGCAGUUAAGACUCUCUGUUCAGUCAAGAAACUUAUAAAUUCAGAAUCAGAUAAAAUUUUAGUGGCAGCCUUAUCAUGUCUUGCUUCUUUUUUUCUUUCAGUAGGGGAAAACCCUGAUAUUUACUCCAUUGCUAGCGAUGUUUUACCUCGGUUACUUGCUCUUUCAAGUUCUUCUGUUCUUGAAGUUGCAGAGCAGGCAAUAUGUGCAGUGGCAAACCUUUUAAUGGAAAAAACACUUUCUGAAAGGGUUUCACCCGAGGAGGUUAUUUUAUCUGCCACAAGGGUUUUGCGUGAGGGCACACUUUCUGGAAAAACUCAUGCUGCUGCUGCUAUUGCACGUCUUCUGCAUGGACAUUUAAUUGAUGAUGCUCUGUGUGAAUGUGUGAAUCGUGCUGGUACUGUUCUUUCUUUGGUUUCUUUGUUAGAAUUGGCCAAUGAUAGUCCUGCUAGCACAUCAGAAGCCUUAGAUGCGCUUGCUCACUUGUUGAGGUCGGGAGUUCUGGGUGGAAAAAUCAAACCAGCUUGGGCAGUUUUAGCAGAAUCUCCAAACCACAUCACUCCAAUAGUUUCAUGCAUAGCAGGUGCUACACCAGCUUUGCAAGAUAAAGCCAUUGAAAUAUUGUCGAGGCUGUGCUGUGAUAAGUUGGUUGUGUUAGGGGAAAUCAUCUGUAGUUCUUCUUGCUGUAUUGAAUCUAUUGCUAGAAGAGUUAUUAGUUCUAGGGAUAAAAAAAUUGUGAUUGGAGGUGCUGCACUCCUUUCUUGUGCAACUACAGUUGGUCAUCAGAGAGUGGUGGAGGAUUUCAAUGACUCUAGAUUAUCCACAUAUGUCAUACAGGCUCUAGUUGAAGUGCUCACUACCUCUCAAUCUUCUUUUGAUGACCACAAUGAUAAUCAGCAGGAGUCGGCGUGCAUUUGCAUUCAGUUGAAUGAAGAUGAAUGGAAUACAGAGGCCACCCCUGGCACAAAGAUUGUGUAUGGUACCAAUAUUGCUGUGUGGUUUCUUUCUGUACUUGCUUCUCAUGAUGAGAAAAGUAAACAAGUUAUUAUGGAAGCUGGAGGGCUUGAUGUGCUUACAGAGAAGAUAUCACGUUCUCAGAUUGACGUCAUUGAAGAUAGUAGCAUAUGGACUUAUGCUUUACUACUGGCAAUUCUAUUUCAAGAUAGAGAAAUCAUACGAGCUCAUGCAACCAUGAAAUCCAUUCCGGUUAUUGCUAAUAUGUUGAGGUCAGAAGAGCAUGCAAACAGAUAUUUUGCAGCCCAAGCAUUGGCUAGUUUGGUCUGCAAUGGUAGCAGGGGAACUCUGUUAUCUGUUGCAAACUCUGGUGCAGCUGGCGGGCUAAUUGCUUCACUUGGAUGUGCUGAUCAAGAUAUAUAUGAUCUUCUAAAAUUAUCCGAGGAGUUCUCUUUAGCUCGUUAUCCUGAUCAAGUGACUCUUGAGAGAUUGUUUAGAGUCGAUGACAUUAGAGUUGGAGCCAUGCCUCGGAAAGCAAUACCUGCCCUUGUUGAUCUCCUCAAACCAAUUCCUGAUCGUCCAGGGGCUCCCUUCCUUGCCCUAGGGUUUCUCACCCAACUUGCCAAAGACUGUCCCUCGAAUAAGAUGGUGAUGGUUGAAUCAGGAGCACUAGAGGCAGUGACUAAAUAUCUUUCUCUGGGUCCUCAAGAUGCUACGGAAGAAGCUGCGACAGAUCUUUUGGGGAUUUUGUUUAGUAGUGAUGAGAUAUGCAGGCAUGAAUCUGCGUUUGGUUCAGUGACCCAGCUAAUAGCCGUGUUGCGCUUGGGUGGAAGAAGGGCAAGGUACAGUGCAGCCAAAGCACUUGAAAGCUUAUUUUCUGCAGAUUAUGUAAGAAAUGCAGAAACAGCUCGACAAGCUGUGCAGCCAUUGGUAGAAAUUUUAAACACAGGCUCUGAGAGAGAGCAGCAUGCUGCGAUCGCGGCGUUGGUCAGGCUGUUAAGUGAAAACCCUUCAAGGGCCUUUGGUGUGGCAGAUGUAGAAAUGACUGCAGUUGAUGUUCUUUGCAAAAUUAUUUCAUCGAACUGUUCCAUGGAGCUGAAGGGCGAUGCUGCUGAGCUAUGCUCUGUUCUCUUUGCAAACACAAGAAUCAGGUCUACAGUAGCUGCAGCGCGAUGUGUUGAGCCUCUGGUCUCUCUCCUUGUCAGUGAAUUCACCCCUGCUCAGCAUUCAGCUGUGCAUGCUUUAGAUAAACUCUUGGAUGAUGAGCAGUUGGCUGAACUGGUUUCUGCUCAUGGUGCAGUCAUUCCUCUUGUUGGCCUAUUGUACAGCAGAAAUUACUUGCUUCACGAGUCCGUUUCGAGAGCUUUGGUGAAGUUGGGAAAAGACAGACCUUAUUGCAAGACUGAAAUGGUGAAAGCUGGGGUCAUCGAAAGCAUACUUGAUAUACUCUAUGAAGCACCCAAUUUUCUCGCGGCUGCUUUUGCAGAACUGCUCCGGAUAUUAACAAAUAAUGCUACAAUUGCAAAAGGCCCAUCAGCAGCUAAAGUGGUUGAGCCACUUUUCAUGUUACUGUUGCGAUCAGACCUUGGGCCUGAUGGACAACAUAGUGCCUUACAGGUUCUAGUUAAUAUUUUAGAGCAUCCACAGUGUCGUGCAGACCACACAUUGACCUCUCACCAAGCUAUUGAACCUGUUAUUCCAUUACUAGACUCUAAUGUUCCCGUUGUACAACAACUGGCUGCUGAGCUUUUGUCCUAUGUAUUGUUGGAGGAGAACAUUCAGAAGGAUCCCUUGACACAGCAAGUAAUUGGUCCACUUGUAAAAGCACUUGGAAGUGGGUCUGGUUUACACAUUUUACAGCAGAGAGCUAUCAAAGCUCUUGUUAGUAUUGCACUUAUUUGGCCAAAUGAAAUUGCGAAAGAAGGCGGUGUUAUUGAGCUAUCCAAGGUGAUAUUGCAAGCUGAUCCUUCACUUCCUCAUGCUUUGUGGGAAUCUGCUGCCUCUGUUUUGUCUUGUAUUUUGCAAUUCAGUUCUGAAUUUUAUUUGGAAGUGCCUAUUGCUGUGCUCGUAAGAUUGCUUCAUUCUGGUUCAGAAAGUACUGUAACCGGAGCAUUGAAUGCUCUUCUGGUGUUGGAAAGUGAUGAUUCAACCAGUGCUGAGGCUAUGGCUGAAAGUGGUGCAAUUGAGGCUCUCCUGGAGCUUCUUAGAUGCCAUCAGAGUGAGGAAACUUCUGCAAGAUUGCUUGAAGUGUUGCUAAAUAAUGUAAAAAUAAGGGAAUCCAAAGCUGGUCGGGCUGCUAUUGUACCUUUAUCUCAAUACCUUUUAGAUCCUCAAACACAAGGUCAGCAGGUGAGAUUGUUGGCUACUCUGGCAUUGGGUGAUCUGUUUCAGAAUGAGGCUCUAGCUCGUUCUGCUGAUGCUGUUUCAGCUUGCCGUGCCUUGGUUAAUUUGCUUGAAGAUCAGCCCUCUGAGGAAAUGAAAGUAGUGGCCAUCUGUGCCCUUCAGAACCUGGUAACAUGCAGUCGAGCAAAUAAAAGAGCUGUUGCAGAAGCAGGUGGAGUUCAAGUAAUUCUUGAUUUAAUUGGUUCCAGCGAUCCAGAAACUUCAAUGCAGGCAGCUAUGUUUGUUAAGCUUCUCUUUGCCAACAAUACAAUCCAGGAAUAUGCGUCCAGUGAAACUGUCAGGGCUAUAACUGCUGCUGUUGAAAAAGAUUUGUGGGCGACUGGGACUGUGAAUGAGGAGUAUUUGAAAGCCUUGAAUGCACUUUUUGGAAACUUUCCACGUUUAAGAGCCACUGAACCUGCUACCCUCAGUAUACCCCACCUCGUAACCUCUCUCAAAACAGGCUCAGAGGCAACUCAAGAAGCUGCCUUGGAUGCUCUGUUUCUCUUAAGACAAGCUUGGGCUGCAUGCCCGGCUGAAGUAUCUCGUGCGCAAUCUAUUGCUGCUGCAGAUGCAAUUCCUCUGCUGCAGUAUUUGAUCCAAUCUGGCCCACCUCGUUUCCAGGAGAAGGCUGAAUUUCUGCUGCAAUGUCUGCCAGGAACUCUAUCUGUUAUAAUUAAGCGAGGAAACAAUAUGAGGCAAUCAGUGGGAAACCCAAGUGUAUAUUGCAAGCUUACAUUAGGGAAUACCCCACCCAAACAGACAAAGAUCGUUUCUACGGGUCCUACCCCAGAAUGGGACGAGAGCUUUACGUGGUCCUUCGAAAGUCCUCCAAAGGGCCAGAAACUACACAUUUCCUGCAAGAACAAGAGCAAAGUGGGAAAGAGUUCAUUUGGUAAGGUGACAAUCCAGAUUGACAGAGUAGUAAUGCUGGGUGCUGUUGCUGGCGAGUAUACCCUCCUCCCAGAAAGCAAGAGUGGUCCGUCAAGAAAUUUGGAAAUAGAGUUUCAAUGGUCUAACAAAUAGCAGAAUUCACAAUUUUCAUAACAGCGUUUUUUUAUGCACAAGAAAAUUUUUUUGCGAGACAUGGUGAGGUAUCAAUGCAAAGACGGAUAUGCAGAACUCGACUACAUCAAGAUUAGCUCAUUUAAAUAAGCUUCUCCUCUUACAUCGAUUCUAUUGACAGUCACCUUUUUGUACCAUUUUUCAAAAUUAGUAUUGAUCGUGAGUGUGUACAUAGUGUUGCUGAGAUUGCAUUUGCACUAUUGUAGUAUUCUGUAUUCCUAUGUUAUGUUUGUACUUAGUGUAUAAGUGUUCCUUGACGAUCAUUCAUUGGUGAAUGGUGUAUUCUUUUGUAAUCUGAGCAGAAAGACAGUGUUAAUAAUGAAAUUGUGGAGGUUUGAUGGAUC